AUGACAAAUUUCCUUGGUCUGCUGAUCCUCUUUGCUGUGGUGAUGAGUGCAAAUGGUCGCCAGCUUCAAGAGGUGUUCUCCACCCCUCAGAACGGCCCGUUUCUUUGCAUGUGGUGCGACAUGGUUGUGACCUUCGUCAGGAAUGUGUCGACCGACAGGGACUUUUUGGACUUGUUAGUCAAAAACAGGAAGGAGGCUUGUCACUUCUGGAGUCCUGCAGGCUUCGAAAAGUACUGUGAAGACUAUGUGAACGAAAUACCACACUCCAUUGCACUAUUUGCCGACGAAUACCUGGAUCCGGCGAAGGACUGCGCAACGGUUUGCCGUGGUCAGGAGCCCGAUCAGCAGCACCCGACGGCUCUAAAUAACUUUGUCCAGAAGAUGAAAAGCGAUUACGAGAAGUUCUGGAAGUAGGAACUACUGCCAUCCGACCCGGAGAAAUCGACAACUGCGACGUAACAAAUGUUCUUGUGGUUGUUAUUCAAUUUUGUGACGCUGAAAUGUGUGAGAAAGAAAAUUCUUAGAGUUUGUUACAGACUAAUACCCACAGCUUGAUUGCUUUGCAUUAACAAUUUGCUAUUGCUAGACACUUUGUAGUAAAUACCGUACGGAUCUUAUAGGGAGGCAUUCAUCACAAGGAAGAUAUUUGACGGUCUGAUAACGCUUUUGGUACCAGAAGGAAACCCAUUUCCCCCCAUUUUUGUCCGAUAGUUUGAUAGUUUAUAGCGUCAUAAUUAUGACAUUGUUUACAAAGUUUAGUUUGGUUAGAUUGAAACGUUUGAAAGUUCGAGGGGGCCAAAGUAUGUACACAGGUCUAUGGGAAUUACUCCCUGAGGUGUCAGCUGAGGGUAUAAUAUUGCUGCAAAAAAUUUAUUAGAGAGGGUAUUUGGCAAGCAAAUCUUCCUUUCAAGGAUCUUUUUAUAUGCAUGGUUCCUACAUGUAAAUCAAUCAGUAAGGAAAACUGAAGAAAACUUGUCCUGCGCGUGUGGAGCCUUUAUUAUUGAUAAAAUCAAGAUGAUGUUAUACCACAUCCUACAGCUCGUUCUCUUAAAGACGCAAAGCCACAGGCCUGGUUUCCAUGUGGUCGCUUGUAUUAACGCAGACGGUCCACAAGACGUGAAGACGCAGACACGAACGGAAGAGACGGUGCAUGACGUCAUUCCGCCCAAAAAUUGAAAUAAAUGGCGUCCGAAACUCGGGGAUUUUUUGUUGGAAAUGGCCAUUUCGAUUGACUGUACUUCAUCAUGACACCAAACCCGUACUCCAGUUUCAUGCAUUUUACUGAUGACCAGCUAUUUAGUUGACCAUAAUGGUGUAAAAAUGGGCAAAUCUUCAUGAAACUGAGCGGGAGGGACAUCGUUACACCACGGCUUCUCGACGCAAACAGUCGGCAAAGUUGAACCUGCCUCAACUUCGCCGAUCGUCCGCGGGCUGGUUUGAGUUUGUCUGCGUUGUUGGCGACACUUCUGUUUGGCAUGUUUCCAUUUGUCUGCGUUGCAGUUUGCGUCUUGAUUGCGUUGCUGUCUGCGUUUCUUUCGUCGAUAUGGAAACCAAGCUUACUCAUGGUUCGGCGCUCUCAGAAAAUUAACUUGGAAUACUCAAACUGAAAUAAGGAAACGGAAAGACAGCCCCAGGAGUCACGUGAAUGAGACCCCGUAACAAGCUAUACAACCCCACUAGUGUCACCACGGUCUUGUUGAAAUUCGCAAAAAAGUCUCGUUUAAGUCAGAGAGAGAGGAGCGCUUCGCACUCCAACUAACCCAAACCUAAAGACCUAAUUAGCACAUCAUUUACUCAACAUUAUGUUACACUUGUUUUUUUCUUUCCCUCAACAUGUUCAGUGAGUAUAUCAGCAUAAUUAAGAUGUGCAGACAUAGUAUAGACGCUGUAAAUGUAUAUCCAGUGUAUUUUUAAUGUAUACGAUGUCAAAUUAGGAAUUGUUAAGAGAAGCAAAACAUAAUUCUAUCUUCCAAGUUCCAGUUUGGGUCAUCUCAAAUGGAAUACAACCUCAAAUGGAAUACGAAAUGUAAUGCCGUCAUCUCAAUGAUGGAAUACAACCAGUGUACAAAUUGGCAUUGUCUGAAAAGUAAACAAUGUAACAGUGGCAAAUAGAUUGCUCAGCAUUAAUAAAUUACUGCUGGAGAAAAGAA